AUGAUAAUUAGAUUAAAGAGUAAAAUUGGUAUUAGUCGUAUAAUAUUAGAUGAAGAUUCUACAGUAUUAGAUUUAAAAAAUAAAAUUAAAGAACGAAUAGAAAUUAAAAAUAAUUCAUUUCUUAAAUUAUUUACUGAAAAUAAUUAUCAAUUAUUGGAUGAUGAAAAAAGAUUAAAUGAGAUUGGUAUAAUACAUGGUACAAGUAUAAUAUUGGAUAAUAAUAUUGAUGAAAUAAGUUAUAAAACAAUUGUAAAUAAUAUAAAAUCGGAAAAUGAACCUGAAGAAAUUGAUCUUACAAAUUCACAAUCGAAUGAUUCUAUUACAAAUACACAACUUGAGAAUGAGAAGAUUGAUGGUCCAUUAUUUAAAUCAUUUGAUGCUUAUUUACAUGAAAAUGGAUUUGAAAUUGGUGAUUUACCUUUAAUGAAUUCUUUUUUACCAAUUAAAAUUAAACGUGGGAUUAUUAAUAAGGUAUUCCGUUACGGUGACUGGUCCACGGCCAACCACCAAUCCCCUCGAAGGGGCUUCUUAACCCCUUACAGGGGUUCCUUAAAAUAUAGACAUGUUGAUCAUUUGGAGAUGAUGAAUGUUGAAGAGGUUAGAAGAUUUGCUAAUUUCUGGUUAAAUGAAUUACAAAUGAGUCUACAACGUAUUGGAUGGAUGUAUGGAUAUUAUACUGAAGAUCAACAUUAUCCAUAUGGUAUUCGAGCCGUAUGUGAAGCCAUUUAUGAACCACCACAAUAUUCCAAUAUAAAUGAUGUAAUAAUGAUAGAAGAUGAAAUGUUAAUGAAUGUGGAUAAAAUAGCCGAGAGAUUAGGAUUAGAGAGGAUUGGUAUGAUAUUUACAAGAUUACCAAAUGAGUGUUUUUUAACAGCACGUGAGUUGAUUCGUGUAAUUGAAAUGCAAUAUAACUCAUUAAAACAUAUACACUAUACUGGAUAUCCAAUUAGUACCAUGGUCACUUGUACAAUGUCACCAGAUGAUAAUGGACAACCAGUACUCAAUGCUUAUAUGGCUUCUGAUCUUGCAUUAGCACUCUUUAGAGAUGAAUUAUUCACUUCUUCACAAUCCUUCAAUCAUAUCAUUUCAACUAAAUGUAAUAUACAUCAUGAUUCCACUAAUAAUAGUAGUAGUGGAGGAGGUAGUGGAAGUAGUGGUACUAGUGGUAGUAGUACUAAUACUACUGGUGGUAGUGGUACUGAAGAAGUAAUAAGAGAAUUGAUGCCGAUAUUAAUAGAAAGUGGUAAAGAAGUAGUAGAUUUUGAUACAAGUUGGUUAAUAGUAAGAAUUAAUGAAUCAGCACCAAUUAAACCUAAUUCAUUCUUUCCUAAAUUAACUAUACCAUUUCCAAUUGAAAAUCGUAAUACGCAAUCCAAUAGUACCAAUACCAGUAAUAGUACUAUUAGUAAUAGUAAUAAUAAUAUGAUUGAUAAUAUGAAUAUGGAUGGAAUAAAAUAUAAUGUAAUAAAAGUAGAAAAGAAAGAAUUAAUGGAAUAUAUAAAUGGUAAUGGUGAUGAAUUAUGGAAUAAUUUUCAUUUUUUAAUAUAUAUUUGUAAAGUUUUAGAUGUUGAUACUGCAUUAUCUAUUUGUGAUUCUAUAAUACAACAACAACCCAUUGAUGAUCUCAUUAAAGAAUUAUUAUUACAUUAA